AUGGACUUCUACGAGGCGCACCCCUCUGGCAAGGUGGAUUCCGGCAGUAAAAGACCCGUGUUGGUUCUUCAGAAUGACUCUCUCUACUCUCAGAGACGUCCUUACACCAGUGAAGAUGAGGCCUGGAAAACCUUUCUUGAAAAUCCCCUUACAGCAGCUACCAAAGCUAUGAUGAGCAUCAAUGGUGAUGAAGACAGCGCAGCUGCCCUCGGACUGCUGUAUGAUUACUACAAGGUUCCAAGGGAGAGGAGAUCUUCGACAGCUAAACCAGAGGUAGAACAUCCUGACCAAGACCAUAGCAAAAGGAACAGCAUCCCAAAUGUGACAGAACAGUCGCUCAUUUCUGCUGGAGAAAACAGAGUCCAGGUUCUGAAAAAUGUGCCUUUCAAUAUUGUCCUUCCACACACGCCCCAGAUGGGCAUGGACAAGAGAGGCCACCUUACAACCCCUGACACAACGGUCACCGUUUCAAUUGCCACGAUGCCCACCCAUUCCAUCAAAACGGAGACACAGCCCCAUGGCUUUGCAGUGGGCAUCCCACCAAGCGUCUACCACCCUGAGCCCCCUGAGCGGGUGGUGGUAUUCGACAGGAACCUCAAUCCCGACCAGUUCAGUUCCAACACCCAGCCUCAAAACUCCCAGAGGCGAACACCAGACUCCACCUUCUCAGAGACUUUCAAGGAAGGCGUGCAAGAGGUUUUCUUUCCUACUGAACUGAAUCUCCGGAUGGCCAACAUGAAUUCAGAAGAUUAUGUGUUUGACAGCAUUUCUGGGAAUAACUUUGAAUACACUCUGGAAGCCUCCAAGUCCCUCCGACAGAAGCCUGGGGACAGCACGAUGACUUACCUGAAUAAAGGUCAAUUUUACCCAAUCACGCUGAAAGAAGUCAGCAGCAGUGAAGGAAUCCAUCACCCCAUCAGUAAAGUCCGAAGUGUCAUCAUGGUCGUGUUUGCUGAAGACAAAACAAGAGAAGAUCAGCUCAGGCACUGGAAAUACUGGCACUCAAGACAGCACACGGCCAAACAAAGAUGCAUUGACAUAGCUGACUACAAGGAGAGCUUUAACACCAUCAGUAACAUUGAGGAGAUUGCAUACAAUGCCAUAUCCUUCACUUGGGACAUCAAUGAGGAAGCAAAGGUUUUCAUUUCCGUGAACUGCCUCAGCACAGAUUUCUCCUCUCAGAAGGGAGUUAAAGGCCUGCCCCUGAAUCUUCAGAUCGACACCUACAGCUAUAAUAACAGGAGUAACAAACCUGUCCACAGAGCCUACUGCCAGAUUAAAGUCUUCUGUGACAAGGGAGCAGAGAGGAAGAUCAGGGAUGAAGAACGAAAGCAAAGCAAAAGAAAAGGCAAGUGCACUGACCCCAGCUCUCAGCUGAAUGCGUUUUCUGAUGUCAAAGUGCCCAUGCUUCCCUCACACAAACGUACGGACAUCACCAUCUUCAAGCCCUUCAUGGACCUAGACACUCAGCCUGUCCUUUUCAUUCCUGAUGUUCACUUUGCAAAUCUUCAGCGUGGGGCUCAUGUCCUUCCUGUUGCUUCAGAAGAACUGGAUGGUGAAAGCUCCAACCUGAAGAGAGGAGCCUACAUCGGUGAAGAGGACUUUAUUGCUACUCCGAAUAAGAUGGCCAGAAUAGAAGAACCAAAAAGAGUGUUGCUGUAUGUCCGAAAAGAGUCAGAGGAAGUCUUUGAUGCACUGAUGUUAAAGACACCGUCUCUGAAAGGUCUAAUGGAAGCGAUCUCUGACAAGUAUGACGUUCCUUUUGAUAAAAUAGGAAAAAUCUUCAAAAAAUGUAAAAAAGGAAUUCUGGUCAACAUGGACGAUAACAUCGUGAAACACUAUUCUAAUGAAGAUACCUUCCAGUUGCAGAUUGAAGAAGUUGGAGGAUCUUACAAGCUCACUCUGACCGAGAUCUAA